GAGAAGGCAGAACAAAUACAUCGAGUUUUUUUUUGUUUUUUAAUCGUUGGAAGUAAAUGCGAUCGAUGCUCGAGUGCGGGUGCAGUGCGCGUCAUGUGUGUAAAUAAAUGGAAAGUCGGGCAGAAAAAGAGGUAAAGGAGAGCAUGUUAUAAAUCAAUUUCUAGAUAGUGUAGUGAGCAGCAUAGGAAGUCUCAAUAAAAAGUGAAUUCAAAUAUAUGAAAAAAGUGGUUUCAGUGAAAAACGUAUAAAGAAAAAAAAGCAAGAGCUAGAACACGCCUAUUGUUGUGUACGCAAAACAAUAGUAGCUUCGAAAGCAGCAAAAACAUAUUGAAAAACUCAGUAUAUUUGUCGUAUAGAGAAGAGUGACGAAGAAAAAAGAGAUAGAUAUGCCUUAUCGAGCUCGCAACUGAAAUUCACGUAUACAUACGUACACUCACGCAUAUACAUGAUAAAUAUAUCCUAUAUGAGUACCUCUGGAGAUACGCGUGGAACUAUAAUAUGCAUGUGUCUACAUGAUUUUUAUGCGAGACUGAAGACGAGGCGGUGAAUCGCCCGCUUAUUCGUGUCGUGUCCGGGUAAUUAUUCUUUGCACCGACGAUCGAUUCGAAUUUCUUCACGGCGCAGCUGACGUCAUUACGCCCCAGCAGAGCUACGGUUCAAGCUCACGUCAAGCGGUGUCUCCGCGGACGGUCGAGGGUAGCGGUGUCGGGGGCGUCGGGGGCGGCGGCGCUGCUGCGGCGGGUGGCGGCGGGGGCGCUGGCGGCGGCCCUGGCAGCCUCGUCGUCGGCGCAGGCGCGGUGCGCUACCCGCAGCACCACCAGCAGCCGGCCCCCACCUCGGCCCCAGUCGGGCCCCAGGCCCACCCCCCGGCCCAUCACUUUUAUCACUACCCCCACUUACAACAGCACCACCAGUUCCAGCACCAUCAGGUCGCCGCUGCCACCGCCGCCGCCACCUCAUCAUCGCCGGGAUCAUUGGCGAUGAAUAGUGGCCCGACUGGCGGCCCUGGCCAGCCACCAGCGGGACUCCAAGCGACCUCUUCAAGUUCCUCUUCGCGCGACCAACACGCGGUGAGGCAACGACAGCAGUCAGGAAACGAUCCGAGUGGCCUGAACAUCACGAUAAUGAACAUUACGGUACCUCCUGUGGUACCCGUGCCUACUGGCCUCCGUUUCGUUCAUCCAUAUCUACCUCCGCCACCACCCCAUCCACAUCCCUCAUCUCAAUCGGCCACCUCUGUGGCUCAGGUCGCGCAGGUCGCCUCUUCAAAUUCAGCCUCGCCAGUCUCUGCCUCCUCUGGACCUUCCGCUAUCGUACAGCAGCAGGUGCCAAACAGACAGCAUCCACCAUCAGCACCUUCACCUGCUUCUGCCGCCAGCAAUGCCGCCGCCGCGUACACGCGCGACGUUUAUCGCAAUGCCAGUCCUAAUGUAAACGAACGAGUAGCGAUAAGUGUCAGCAGCAGUCCCGUGUCCUCGCAAGUCGUCAACGUCGGCAGUGAGUACGUGGUCAGUGGUCGGGGCGAAAGGCCUCGGAUAUCUCUACUCCCAGCGCCGGCUUCCAUCGCACCUGCGGCCUCACCAACAGCUCCCACAGAUUACCACGCUGCUGCUGUACGCAACAAUCGUAGCAGCAGCAGCAGCGGCGGUGGCAACGGUGGACCUGCGAUCUUGGCGAUACAGCCUCAGGAUUACCGUCCGAGUCCUGUGGAUAUGGCUCAACUGCAGCAGGAUUCGCCUCCUUUUAAGAAGAUCCGUCUCGGACAGCCUGUACAGCAGUUACCACCAUCUCAGCAACAGCAACAACAAUCGAUAUCGCACACAGAAUGCCAACGGAUCACGAAUACACAGGACUCGUUGAUGAAGCAGAAACAUGUGCAGCAUCUUCAACAACCCCUCAGGAUAGAUACAAGGCCAACGGCUGGUGUUUAUACACCACAAACAGAAGCGAUCUCGCCAACUCUUCCAGAGCCCAAUACGCAAGAGGACGCUGCAUUUAGGAGUACCAAAGACGAUCUCCUUCAGCAGAUCGCCAAAGUCGAUCGGGAAAUUGCUAAAAGGGAAUCUCAGAUUAGUAAGUUACGAAAAAAACUUAAAGAAUUGGAAGAAGUUGCGAGCAAACCUUUGGAAGCACCUGGGACUAAAAGACCCGUGGAAGAAACAUCUCUACAACCUAAACAUCAGUCGCUUGUACAAAAAAUAUAUGCUGAAAAUAGGAAAAAAGCUGAGGAGGCGCACAGGCUGCUAGAGAAGUUAGGUCCGAAGAUAAAAUUGCCGCUUUACAAUCAACCAUCGGAUACAAGUAUAUACCAGGAGAAUCGCACAAGGCAUCAGUGCAUGAAAGCGCGUCUCGUUGCGAGAUUGCGUAAAGAGCAUGUGGAACGUGCCUCCUUGCAUCAUCAACAAUCUCAGACCUAUGCAAUUCUUGUACAGGAGUGGCACCGAAAGGUGGAAAAACUGGAAGCAACUCAGAAACGCAAAACCAAGGAGGCUAAAAAUCGCGAGUUUUUCGAGAAAGUUUUUCCGGAGCUGCGCAAACAACGCGAGGAUAAGGAACGCUUUAACAGGGUCGGUGCACGCAUUAAGAGCGAGGCCGACCUUGAAGAGAUUAUGGAUGGUCUGCAGGAGCAGGAGAUGGAGGAUAAGAAGAUGCGCUCGUACGCUGUUAUUCCACCGCUGCUGUUAGAUGCGAAGCAGCGGAAAAUCGCAUUUCAGAAUCGAAAUGGUUUGCUUCAGCCGGAAGAACUUGAAGCAUUGCACAGCGAAAGAAAACUUAUUAACGUUUGGAGUACGACAGAACACGAUAUGUUUAAGGAAAAGUACCUUCAGCACCCUAAGAACUUCGGAGCGAUAGCCCAAUCGUUCGAGCACAAAUCCGUGGCGGAUUGCGUGCAUCAUUACUACCUCACUAAAAAAGCGGAGAAUUAUAAGCAGCUAUUGCGAAAAUCGAGGCGCACCCGUAGUUCCCGAAACAACCCUAACAAUAAGGUAAAUAAUAGUAACUCCACUAUCGGACCUAUAGAUAUAUUAACGACAGGAGUAACUACGAGGCUGCAGCGUGAGCAGCAACAGAAAACGCAAGAAAAUCCACAAAGCACCUCGGCAUCGUCAAGUGGUAGUAAUAAUACAACGACAACAAUAUCGACUCCAUCGACGAUAAUUCCUUCAUCAUCGUCAACUUCAGUUACGAAUGCAAACGGUUCGACGCCAUCCUCAUCAAUUAUCGCCACUGUUGCUAUUUCGUCCAAUAAUAGUGUUGCUGUGUUAACUUCAGAAUCUUUGCCAACGACGGCGAUAAUAACGACGACAGCGAUAACAAUAACAUCGACAUCAUCAACAGUAGCGUCAGCAUCCGUCCCAAGUAUAAACGAGACGAUAACGACGUCGACCGUACUGACGACAUCAACGUCGUCGACAAGCACUAAGGAUGCCCGUGAAGCAAACAAGGAAAACAAGGAAAUUAAGACAGAGUUAAAGGAUUCACUACUUCUUAAGGAUAUCAAAGAGGAAUCGCAGUCGAGUUCUGAGACACUUUCCAGCAGAGAAAUUAAGGUCGAGUGUAAAGGCGCCCUGUCUUCAUCAUCGAAUACGAGCGUAACGAAUAUUAACAAUACAAGUACUAACCUUCAAUUGGAGCAGCAACAGCAGCAACAGCAGCAGCAGCAGCAGCAGCAGCAGCAGCAGCAGCAGCAGCAGCAGCAAAAAGAUAAAAAAAAGAAUGCUGGUAUUACAGGAGGAAGCUCGAGCGUCACUAGUAGAUCAAAAGAUAAGAAAAAGGAAAAUCACACGGUGCCCAUGGAAACUAGCGACGAGGAAGCACAGUCCAUAGAUGCGAUAGAGUCCAGUGGUAGGCAACUUGGUCCACAUCCGUGUACGAUAUGCCAGGCAACGGUGGAGGCCGGUAACCAGAGUAGACCAUUGUCUCGUAGCCAGGCUUCCCAAUAUGGCUUGCGUGAAGAUCAGGUGCCUCCAGGUGCUCGUGUCUGCAAUACCUGUCGUUGCAAAUCUGUACGCGGUCGUUACACGACCUGUCCACUACCCGGUUGCCCUAAUCUAGGCAGUGCGAAUUCUAAGACACGAGUCAAGCGACUGAGGGCCUUGCCGCCCAAGUGGAACGAUCUGCCAUCCGAGACACGCGAUCCAAUUAUCCAGGAGUUCCAGAUCCCGAGCAACACCACUAAGUGCUGUUCGGCCUGCUUCAAUCGGAUAUCUCGCCGACUCGCGCCCCACUUGUCGGUCUCUAGUGGUGAUGGAACUGAUGAAUCCGAUGCGGUUAACCGCCAGUGGACAGACGAAGAGCUCGAGCAAUUGAGGAAGGCAUUGCGCGAGCAUGGUACCAAUUGGCCUAAGGUGUCCGAGCAGAUACCCGGCAAGUCCAACCAUCAGUGCAAAAACUACUACCUGACUUAUAGGAAAAAGCUCGGUCUUGAUCAAGUUGUCGCCGAAUACUACCAAUCGCUCGGUGAAGAGCGGAGGCCUUGUCUCACCGACGAAGAGGAGAGUGGCAGCAGUACCAGCAGCUGUGACGAGUUAGCUGUGCACGAUACGAGUGAUACCGCGAGUGCAGGCAGUCCCGCGAAUACAAUAUCGAGCAGUACGCCGACAGCUUCGGGAUCGUCGUCGGCAACCGCAGGGGGUCUACCAAUGCCCUUUCCCCAGGUCCAGGACGCGAAAGCAGGCGAGAAGCUCGCGGACGUUGCAGUUGUAUCGCUCGUUGCACCUUCACCCAUGGCUUCUCAACAGCCUCAGGCUAACAAUCCACCCACAAAUUUAAGGGAAGAUUACGAUAGUUCCGCCACGGAGACGGCGGACGAAGGUCAGGGUGGCACGGAUUUGGAUAAUAAUGGAGUCGUAGUCACACUUACGUCGAGUGGUGGGAAUGUGAAUAACACGAGUAGUAGUGUGAGUUCCUUACAUCAGCCAUCACAAGUGAACGUACAAACGCAGCUCCAGCCUCCUGCCGUCGUACAAUCACCGCCUUCGGCAGCAAGUAACAACAAUCCGCUUACGGUGAAGGAUCUCGUGUUGGGAGUCAUUGAAAUGCAGCUGAAGCGGAAUCACAAUAGCCCAGGUGGUUCGAGUUCGUCAAUACCCGUGAGCUCCGGUACUCCAACAAUAUCCAGCAUUUUAAAAACCGACCAUCGCAAUGACAUAACAUUUGUACGCGAGUACAAACCACCAUCACAAGCACCGAGUAUGUCCAAUACAGUCAUACCGAAUAGGGAUUCGAAUCUAGCUACGUUGUCGGUGGUCUCUGGACCUCAUCACAGCCAUCGUUCAGCCUCGAGUCCCCAGCAGAUCGGUCAGAUGCAAGCGACCAUUACACCCUGCCCACCAUCAGCAUCCAGCCAGCCAUCACAACCGAGCAGCCAGGAUAUGCUACCGAAAGAGGGACUUGUUGUUAUGCAGGUACAGCAGGCGAUGCGAGAAACAGAGGGUACCCUUGAUCUAAGUAUCAAGAAACCGCGCCAGCAGCAGGAUUACAAUCACUCGUUGCAACCACCGCUUACUCACAAACCGGCCUCGGUUGGUCAUUACCGAGCUGAGCCUCCGCCUUCUGCAACUUAUUAUCACUCGCACGGGCACCAGGAACCACAGGUUCGAAGUGCCAAAAGUCCCCAUGUGUAUGUUUCGUCGCCACGACCUCAGGCACCCCUUACCCCGAAGUUGAAUAAGGUGUCUGUACCACCAACGACGCAUCCCAAACUCUCACCCAAGCUCGGUAAUAUAGCAACUCCGCACAAAACUGGCUCUAUUACUCAUGGCACACCGGUAUCGAGUGCCAGGUACGAUGGCUUGCUUAGACAGAUGACGCCACCUGGAAAUUCAAGCCAGCCCAAUCCCAGCGCCACUCCAGUAAGUUCCAAAGAAACGGGUUCCAUCACCCAAGGCACUCCUGUGCACUCAUUCGCAGUGGAUAAGCGAGCACCGAUCUAUGAUUAUCAUCGUACUAUUCGACACUCGCCGGUAACUACAAGCAAUGUACCCGUACAGUCAACUCAAAAUUCUGGAGUAGUCGUUAGUCACGGCCAAAGUGGCAGCAGUAGUCAGUACAACUCGUAUCCGUCGCGCCAAGCCCCAAGCUACACGAUGGAGCAACUUUCCUCACGUCAGAUUAUCAUGAAUGAUUAUAUAACGAGUCAGCAGAUGCAUCCACGUAAUCGUAGCAGUAGUUCGGCUGAAGUCUCAAGCAAAAACGAACCCCCAGCGACUCUUUACUGUGCGAGUACUCCACCCCCGCCUACUCAUCCCCAAGCUCGUCAAGGUGUAAUUCAAAGGCACAACACUCAGAAACAUUAUCCGCCACCGCCGCCUGGCCUGGAAGCAUUUUCCAGCCUCGUAGAUGUAGCUGUGCAGCAACCGAGUCUCCCAGUACCCCACCCACCGGCGAGUAGUAGCGGUCACGAAGGUCUUUGUAUGUCGAUCGAGCGAAUGUACACGGAGCGAUAUGCGAUGGAUAAUCGCUCACUUCAGAACAUGCCGAGACUUGCCCGUCAACAAGCUGCUCAGUACCAAAUGGCCGUAGCGAUGCAGCAGCGGGAGGAGCAACGCGAACGCGACCUCAUGAUGCGUGAGAAACAACAGCAAGAGGAAGAGCAGCAGCAACGAUUGCAACGUGAAAAGGAACAGCAGCAACAACAACAACAGCAACAGCAACAGCAACUUCAUCAUCAGCAGCAAAUGGAACGCAUGGUUGUGCACCAUCGUGAAAAAGAGAUCCAACAACAACAACAGGAGCAUAGGAUGGUACAACAACAGCAGCAGCAACAGCAGCAGCAGCAGCGAGAACAAGAGAUGCAUCAAGCUGUAGCCGCAGCAGCGGUGGUAGACCAUAGAAUUGCUAUUCAGCAGCGCGAUAAAGAAAUACAACAGCAACAAAGUCAUGCAGAUCAUAGAAUGAGCAUACAUCAGCAGCAACAGCAGCAACAGCAACAUCAACAACAGCGCGAAAAAGAUAUGCAACAGCAGCAUUAUCGACUCGUACAACAUCAACGCGAAAAGGAGAUGCAAAUGGCUGCUGUAGCAGCGCAACGAGAAAAAGAACAUCAGGAGCACAGACUGGCGGUGCAACAGCGUGAAAAAGAGAUACAACAGCAAGAGCUUAGACUUGCCGCCCAGCAGAAAAGAGAGAAGGAGUUGCAACAACAGCAGGCGGAUCACCGGUUAGCUGUGCAAAGAGAGAAUCUCGUUUAUUUGCAGCAACAGCAGCAGAGAUUCCAAAAGCAACAUAUUCAGCAUAUCCAGCAGCAGCGUAUGGAAGCAGAAAGACGUCAAAUCGUCCAGAUUUAUAAAGAUCAACAAGAAGCCCAUCUCUACAGGGAAUUAGCGGAACGUCAAUGUGAAUCGCCAAACAUUGCGAAAAGCAGUGGAUUUUUUCAAGCUACGCGAAUACAACAGCAAUCGCAACCACCUCCAUCUUCGAGACACAGUCAAUCAUCUUCUAAUCAACAAGGCGAUUCCUCGUCCACAUUGACAGCCGCUAGUUUAAUCGAUGCCAUAAUAACUCAUCAAAUAAAUCAGAGUACAGAUAAUAGCAGCGGUACUCCGGCUUCUAAUAAUCAACCAACGCGUCCUGGUGAUCGUCUUUUUCAGGGAUUUCAUAGGGAUAGUCCAGCUGAACCAAAUGGCAUGGCUCAUAGUCCAGGGGGAGAAGAAAGCAUCCCGAUUGGGGCUUCAGGUGGUGGAGGUGGCAGUGGCAGUGGAAACAAUAAAGCCAUCACUCUUGGUGAACACGUGGAUCACAUUGUAAACAAAGAUUACGGACCACCAAUGUCAUCUUAUAGACCAUUUCAAAGUUAUCAAAUACCAGAUGAUCAGUGGAAGCGAAGAAAAGGAACGGAAGCCGACUCCGUAAAGCCCGGCGAUGAGCGUCAAAUAAUUCGCGUUGCUCAACAAAAGCCAGUCUCUUCGCAAUCACAGCAGACAGUAAAUAAACAACAACAAUUUCAUACGGAGCCGGUUUCACCACCUGAGCCAACUACUAAUCAUUAUUCCCGUCGUUUCUACGAGUCGGGUGUCGCCACGACGACGACCGCUACUACACCUACGAGUAAAUCCCAUCUUUCGCCCCUUGAUUAUGUGAAAAACAAAAUUGUAGAAGUGAUGCGUACGGAGGAUGACAAAACAAGCUCCGGCGACCGAAAUGGUGGCCCUGGCAACGAUAAAGAUGAUAAGUCAUGUACCGAUAGCUCUCCCGGUGGUGAAAUGAUAAUUGACGAGUCACCGAAUCAGUUACCGACACCUGCGCCCACUACCUUUUAUCCAUUUAAUGCCCUUGGCGUGCAUACAGGGCCGCCACCGGCACCACCACCGAGUGCCGUCGGAGCACCCGUCGCUGUUGUAAAGAGCGAGGAGCCCGCGCCACUGCUUUCUGCCCAGUACGAGCCGCUUUCGGAUGAAGAUUGAUAUUACAACAAAAACGGCUGCGACACAUUUUUCUGAACCACGAUGCCCUGAACCAAAGGGAUAUCAUCAUCUGGCUAUUGGUAUGCGAACAAAGCAAUAAAACCAAGACAAGAUCUAUGGACGUUGAGAUAGAUGGCAAUGAUUGUGUUACUCAUUUUGAAGGAGAGAUAUUUUGAGCGAAUGUCGUAAAAAUAUGCGAAGCGCUUUUCAACGUAUUUUUUUUUUUUAUUUUUCCUUCUUUUAAGGUUCGUUCUUUCAGUCAGGCUUACUUGCGUUUUAUAUGCAAUCAUUUAUUUUCCUCCUUACUGUUUUAAAAUUUAAAUAUUACCUACAUUUUUAAACGACAUUCACCUCAUAGGCAUUAAAAUUUAUUUAAUUCCUAUAAAUUUUAAGAUGUAAAUAUAGAUGUAUUUUUGAAUAAGCUUUUCGACGCACAUUAUAUUUUUACUUCUACUCGUGAUAUCUUUUUUUCAACGUGAAAUGUGUACAAUUCGUUGGUAACGUUAACAGUACUACUUUAUUCGAUGCAUAGACAUUGGUUGUGUGCG